AUGAGCGAUAUUCUCGAAGUUUACGAUUCGAAGAGGACUGAUCGCCUUCUGGUGACACUCGAGAAUAUCACCGGAUCGGAGACGAUCGCGACGAUCAAGACGCGAAUUUCGCAGAAGAAGGCCGCGUUGACCGUCGAGCGGCAAUCGUUGAGGCUUGAGCCGAAGGGCAAAGCGCUCGACAAUGACAAAAAACUCUCCGAUUUGGGAUUGUCGAGUCCGAAAGCCGUGCUUUAUAUCAAGGAUUUGGGACCGCAAAUCGCGUGGAAGACGGUGUUCCUUGCCGAGUACGCCGGACCAUUGUUGGUUUAUCCGAUCUUCUACCUCCGCCCGUCGUUCAUUUAUGGCGGCGACGCGUCGAAAGCGGCCGUCCAUCCGGCGAUCUUCUACGCGCUCAUCGCGUGGACGUUCCAUUACGCGAAACGUUUGUUCGAGACGCAAUUCGUGCACCGAUUCGGCAACUCGACGAUGCCGCUGUUCAAUUUGUUCAAGAAUUGCUCGUAUUAUUGGGGAUUUGCCGCGUUCGUCGCAUAUUUCGUCAAUCAUCCGCAGUUCACGCCGCCGUUGUUUGGCGAUUUGCAAGUCUAUCUCGGAUUGAUUGGAUUCGUCAUCGCCGAAUUUGGAAAUUUGUCGAUUCACAUUCUGCUUCGAAAUCUUCGUCCGGCGGGAACACGCGAGCGUCGAAUCCCAAAGCCUGAUGGAAAUCCCCUCUCAUUGCUGUUCAACUACGUGUCGUGCCCCAAUUACACGUACGAAGUUCUUUCGUGGAUUUGCUUUUCGAUUAUGGUCCAGAGUUUUCCCGCGUUGUUGUUCACCGCCGCUGGUUUCUUCCAAAUGAUGAUUUGGGCAAAGGGAAAGCAUAGAAAUUAUUUGAAGGAGUUUCCGGAUUAUCCGAAGCAGCGCAAAGCCAUCGUCCCAUUCUUUAUUUAA